UUCAUGAUUACAGUGUUCCACGUAACUGUGCUCGGAUACGCAAAUCCAUUGAUUUACAAUGAAUCGCUAGAAUGUCCUUCCUUUAGCCUAGAACUUGGUAAACGUGAUCGACGACAGCUCUCACACCACAUCACACGGAUCGUGCUGUUUAUCAAUCUUGCACCAUCGAACACAAUGUGAUGCCCAAACCGUGGUGGAAAUGACAAGCACGAUUUUUCAAACAAAAGAGCUUAUCUCGAUCAUCACGUGUCAAAAUUUAAAAAAUAAUUGUUGAUUUGUUGUGGUUAUAGAUACAUGGGUACGUGUAAUUUGGUGGACCCCCGGCGCCCAUACGAAGCAAUGUUGCCACACACUGGUAUUGAUGACGUCAUAAAAGUCAUCACAAAUGUCAGAUUUGUUUAGUCAACUGCAAGAUCACACGAAGUUAAGUUGUGAAAAGUCUUGUAAAAAUUCUGCUACAGAUUUGUCGGCGGAGACUUUGUACUACUUUGUUGGGGUCCCUGGAACAAUAUCAGUUUUCCGUGGAUCGUGCCGGGCUCUAGGAUAACAAAUUGACUCUAACAAAUUUAUUUAUUUAGUGUUUGUGUGGUGUUGUGCGAAAAUGCAAAACGUGCAAGACGUGAUGCCAAGUGUUAGACUGAACGGGGUGGACAAAAACGUGGAGGUUGCCUCCUCCGCCGGGGAGGUGGUGAAAAAAUUCCGGGUGUUUCCUCCGAGGGAAGAGUGCCGGAGACCCAAACCCACCACGGAUCGGGACCAAAGUUCACCCCUUUGUCCGAAUCAAAGUGAUAAACAUUUCCAAACGUCCGUCGUCGCGGAUAAAUAUCUUCUCCUCGAGCAAGCGGAGGGUAGUUCCUUGUACCGGUGCGUGGACGUCAACACCCAGGAGGAAUUGGUCUGCAAGAUAGUUUCAAAGGACUGCCAUUCGCUGGUCUCGGCCCAUUAUCGACUCGAUUCGCACCCGAGGGUUUCUUCUUUACACGAGGUGGUGGUUGGGAAUCGCUACCUGUAUUUGGUGUACCCCAAGGCGCACGGCGACCUACAUUCAUACGUGAGGUCAAGGAAAAGACUGAGGGAAUCCGAGGCGAAAAGACUCUUUAAACAAAUAGCCGAAACAGUACAAGUUUGUCAUAGGAACGGAAUAGUAUUAAGGGACCUUAAACUUCGAAAAUUCGUCUUCGCAGACCCCCAAAGGACGGAGUUGAAAUUGGAGUCGCUGGAAGACGCCGUGGUGUUGGAAGAACCGGAAACCGACUGGCUGCAUGAUAAAAGAGGAUGUCCUGCUUACGUGAGUCCGGAAAUUCUCAAAGCUGGCGCCCACUACUCAGGAAAGGCGGCAGAUAUGUGGUCCCUAGGAGUCAUCCUCUACACGAUGCUAGUCGGCAGAUAUCCCUUCAGUGAUUCCGAACACGCUUCAUUAUUUGCGAAAAUCUCCCGAGGCCAUUUCGUAAUUCCUGAAUGUCUUUCGUCACGUGCAAGAUGUCUGAUUCGGUCUUUGCUCAGGAGAGAACCUUCGGAACGGAUCACCUCCGACGAUAUUCUGUACCAUCCCUGGCUAGCGAAAGAAGACAGGGAGUGGACCUCGAGGGCGUGCGAUCAAUUAGUACCCGAAUGUAGUUUAUACGAAGACUAGAAGAUACGGGAAGAAAACGUGCAAGUUCGUGCUGUGUUUAGGAAUAUAAGGAAGCCAUUCGUUUUUCUUUGUUGUUAGGAGUAAUUUAUAAUUGUUUUUUCUUUGAUCAUGUUUCGUUUUACACGGGUCUGUGACCGUACUUUGUAGGUGAUGUCGUUUCUUAUUUAUUUUUGUUUUCGCCAAUGUCUUGUUAUUUGCAUCACCUACCGAGUGUGGUUUCGUCAUUCAACAAAAUGCAUCUUCGAUAUUACAAAGUGGUUUGAAAUCUCAUACUUCAUGCGAGUGGUAUAUGGACUGAAUUAUUCUAAAGCAUCACGAUAUCUUAGUGAUUAUUUUAAAGACUGAUUGAGCGGUUUAUUGUUUUCAUCUAAUUCAUAAAACGACCAAUCGUGCAAUUUUAGCUUACUUUUGCUCAAAGAUUUGUGUUGUAAUCUGGAUUUAAGCAUCAGAUAUGUUUAAGCGAUAUGACAUUUUCUGUAACAUACUAAUAAAUUAAACUAAAAUCUUGUGAUCUUUAGGUCAAGUCGAUGCAAUGUCGAAACUUUAUUAGGAUAAGUGUAGGAGAAACAAUUUCGUAUCGUGAUGCUAAUAGGAAUGUAAUAGUUUGCAAUGUGAUCUCGGUCAAACUGUAAUCGUUUGACCAUUGACGUGUAGGUAUAUAUUUCUUUGGAACUGAGUUGUACAUAUUUUGUUUUUAUUUCGUUUCCUAAUUUAUCAUAAGGUCCUAGGUUAAAUCUAUGUAAAUUUUGUACAUAGCUUUGCAUUUUAUUUGUGAAUUCGUUUCAUGGUUGUUCUCUGCUGUUGUUCAUAAUUAAAAAAAACAUUAUUUAUGUAA